AUGGCAGCCGAUGAUGAUUCACCACCCAUCGCACCGGAAGGUGUCUACAUGGACCGGAAGGUGCCGGAGAUGAACGACGACAGUUCCCCACGCGGGGAAAGGGUGAGCUCUCCCGAUCCGCUGCAGACGGAAGUCGGCCAGGAGGAGCAGCCGGGCCGACGAGAGUUCCUGGAAGAGGAGAAGCAGAUAGUGGUGAGAGCUGUGUCUGACAUGGACAGUUGUACCGAUGCCAGCUUCAUCCGUGCCGCACCUGCCUGGGCAAUACUGAGAAGCUUCGGCCAAGUUCUCCGAGGAAGCAAGAUGGACCCAGAGGAGCUCUACUCGCUGAGUUCCCAGGUGCACUCUAUCGAUGAGUUCUGGUCCCACAGCUGGCAGAGCAUGUUAUUUUUCAAGGUGUGGCUGCUACUUAUGCUCAAAAACGGGCGUGCUGCCUGCGUCGGUGGCACACUUAUGGCGUUGGUCGCUUCAUAUCUCUCGUACACAGACCUCCUUCCAGGAUGGUACAAGGAGCCACGAGUCCAGGGACCAGGCUAUAGCGGAGAGUUCAGAUUUAGCCCAUGGUCGAAUCUCACUGGAUGCGCUUCAGCCUUGCUACUCCUGCUUUUUUGGCAGUCCUCGAGCAAGGUCUUCCUGGAUCGUGCAUGUAUCCAUCAAGGCGACCCGAGGUUGAAAGCAGAGGGUAUCCUAAACCUCGGCGCCAUACUGAAGAAGUCUCGGUCGCUGGUGGUGGUCUGGGACCCGUCAUAUCUCUCCAGGCUAUGGUGUGUCUUCGAGCUUGCGGCAUUUCUCCGCGCUCAUCGUGAAGACCCUCAGACCAGCCUUGUCAUCAAGCCCACAGUCUUGGUACCCAUGACCUUCCUCAUGGCGGUGACUACCGCGCUCACACUGCUCUUUGAAACUUGCCUUCCGGAUACAGAUGAGGUUGCCUUCCUGCGGAUAUUCCUUUUUGUCUUCUCCUCGCUGCCUAACAUCUGGCUUUUUCAGAGACUCUGGCAAACUGUCAUGGAGGCGGAGAAGCAAUUUGGCACCUUCAGCUUUCAGAAGGUCACGUGCUACUGUUGUUCGACGAAUCACAGGGAUUCACGAGGCAACCAAAUUCCUUGCGAUAAGGAGAUUCUCGAAGGUUCCAUCGUCGAAUGGUACGGUUCUGUGAACGAGCUGGAGCUCAGUGUACGCACCAAAGUGCGUGACUCCUUCAUUGAGCAGGUGACGCGCUUCCCCAUGGGCUAUCAGUGGAUGGUUGGGGUACAAACGUGUAUCCUCUGGGGGCAGCUGGAUCCAGUCGCGGCCCGGGCUCACGGCGGUGCCUACAGCUUUGCAGCUUCCAAGCUGAUCACCACCAUUGCUUGGUUUCUCUGGGUCGUGCCAGUGCAUUACUUGUUCGUGUUCAGGGUAUCGCAUUGGAUGACGAUCCACCAGUCGAAACCGCUCCUGCUUCGAAUCCUUACCACCUGCGUCGGGUACGCGGCAGUUAUCAUGAGCGCUGCGUGCUUUCACAUCCUUCAAGCGGCACUCUACCAAGCCAUCCCCGAAGAGCCUCUGAUCGCUGGCGGGGUGUUUGUAGGUGUGACUCUUGGCCUUGCGGCCGUCGGCCAUCAUGUGCUCACCAGGCCCUGGAAGAAAGGGCAGGGGCCGGUGGGCAAGCCUUAA